UGUACUAAGACUUAGUUGUUGAUGUUGUAUUGUAAUGUAACAGGAACCACUAUUCUUAGUGGAAUCUCAGCUGCUGUUGAUCCAAGCACAGAAAUAACCUACAGUGAAAAUCCUGAAGUUGCUUUUAUCAAGGCCAACAACUUCUCCUACGCCAUUGUUGUUAUUGCAGAGCUUCCUUAUGCAGAAACAAACGGAGAUAAUCUCAACCUGACAAUAACAGAACCAGGUCCUUCUGUGAUCAACAAUGUCUGUGGCACCACUAAAUGCGUUGUUGUUGUAAUCUCCGGCCGCCCUUUGGUGAUUGAGCCAUACAUGCCCCAAAUAGAUGCUCUUGUCGCCGCUUGGCUUCCAGGAACUGAAGGACAUGGAGUUGCGGAUGUGCUUUUCGGAGACUAUGGAUUUAGUGGGAAGCUGUCUCGAACUUGGUUCAAGUCCGUAGAUCAGCUGCCCAUGAUUUCUGGUGAUGCACAUUAUGAUCCUCUUUUUCCCUAUGGUUUUGGUCUCACUACUCAAGGUGCAAAAUCAAGCUAGAAAGCAAGAAUUUUCAUUAAUUAGUAGAUUAGUGCAAUGAUUAACAUCCGAUAAGAUUUUAAUCAUAGGAUUAGUGGAGAUGUUUAAGGUAGUUUUGUAAUAAGAGAUAAGUUGUGUUAAUGUUUCUAUGAUGUUAAGAAUAGCAAAUUGAAUUUUUGUAGAUUUAAUUUGAUCAUUAA